AUGGCUUCUGUAUAUCGGUCUGUCGGUCGGCCAGCGGCGGCGGAGAAUGAAGAAGAAGAUUACGGCUCCGGCGGACGGUGCGGCGGCAGAGGAAUUGUUGAAACCCUAGAAGAGGCGGGUGAUUUUGUUGGUGGCAACAGCGGCGACAAUGUUAGUUGCGAUAGUAAGAUAGUGGCAAUGUUGACUGCCGUUCUAAUUUUGGGUCUAGAUUUAGGCUAUGGUCAGGAAUAUGGGUCGAGUGAAGGAGUUGGAGGAAAUUGUGGAAGAGGAGGGAGAGGCUGUGGUGGCAUCGGGUCCAGUAGUGGUUCUAGCUAUGGCAGUGGCUUUGGAUAUGAAAGUGGUAGUAGAAGGGGCAAUGGAGGUAGAGGUGGGAACAAUUCUAACAAUUGUUCAAGCUACGACAAUGGUUUUGAGGUGGAUUUUGUUGGUGGUGUUUGCAAUUGGUGUUGGUUGUGGUGGCAGUGUUGGUGA